UGUAGCGGGUGGUGGCGGUGGCGGUUGCGGCCAAGAAGGCCGAAGGAAAGAAAAGGGAAGGGAAGGGCUCUUUCUCUUUAUCUUUCCGGCCCUUCCGCCAUUCCUCCCGGACGCGGAGUCUUUUCCCGCAAUCCAUCUGUCCAUCCCACCGUAUCUCUCAGUAGCUCCGGUGACAGAGAAAGCUAACGAAAAAAAGGAGGAGAGAGUUUGGAGUUUUAUUAAAUAUAUUUGUUUUUUAUUAUCCUUGGUGUUUCGGAGGGGUGUUAUUUAACGCCAAAGCUCUUGCUUUGUCCUAUUCCUCAGCCUAUCAUUCAUUCUUACAUCGCACGGGCUUUGGAGUUUCUCUCUCUGUGCGCGAGCGCGCCUUUCUGUCUCUCGGGGGGACUCCCUCGAGGGGCUGCGGUCUUGGGAUCUGAUCCCUAUUGGGAUUCGGGAGAGGUUAAGAAAAAGGUGGUGGGGAAGACGAGGAGGUACGGAGGCUCAAGUCCGGAGGGUUCUGUCGAGCGAGACAAAAAGAAGAGGAACAGCAAAAGCUCUCCAUUUUCCACCUCUUUUGAGCUGACUCGGAUGAUCAGGUAUUGUCUAGCCCCACGACGACCGCAUUGCAUAUACUAGCAACUGAGGCCUCGGAGAGUGGAGUUUUUUCCAUCCAAGUUGUCUCUCAUCUUCUUUAACCAGAUCUAACUACAUCACAUAGAAAACAUGAAUACUUUUUCACAUGUUCCCCCAGGAUUUCGUUUCCACCCUACCGAUGAAGAACUCGUGGACUACUAUCUUAGAAAGAAGGUAGCAUCAAGGAGGAUUGACCUAGAUGUCAUAAAGGAUGUUGAUCUGUACAAAAUUGAGCCAUGGGACCUUCAAGAGAAAUGUAAGAUAGGAAUAGAAGAGCAGAAUGAGUGGUACUUCUUCAGCCAUAAAGAUAAGAAAUAUCCGACCGGAACUCGCACAAAUAGAGCAACAACAGCUGGAUUUUGGAAGGCAACUGGAAGGGACAAGCCAAUAUACUCAAAGAACAACUUGAUUGGAAUGCGGAAGACUCUAGUCUUUUACAAGGGUCGAGCACCAAAUGGGCAGAAGUCUGACUGGAUCAUGCAUGAGUACCGGCUUGAAACAAAUGAAAAUGGGACUCCCCAGGAAGAGGGAUGGGUGGUCUGUAGGGUGUUCAAGAAGAAAGUAGCAGCAAUAAGAAGAGUAAGCGAGCACGAGUCGCCUUGUUGGUAUGAUGAACAAACCUCAUUCAUGCCGGAUCUAGAUUCUCCAAAGCGGAUAGCUCCCCAGCUCGACAUGGCCUAUCAGCACUUCUAUUCAUGCAAACCAGAGCUAGAGCUGCACCACCUCAUGCCACAUGACUCAUUCCUUCAGCUCCCUCAGCUAGAAAGCCCCAAGCUUCCCAACUAUGUCGACCAUGGAUGCGCUCUCCAGCCAUCUGCAGUCACACCUGAAGAUCCAAUGCAGCCUGGUCACCAACUUCAGAUUAUCUCAAUCUGUAAUUGCAGUGGGAGCACUACUGAUCCAUCGGUGGAGCAGGUAACUGAUUGGAGGGUUCUUGAUAAGUUUGUUGCAUCUCAGCUUAGCCAUGGUGAUGUCUCCAAAGAACCUAACUGCUCCAAUCCAGCCCUAGUAUUUCAAGUUUCCGACAAGGAAGAAGCUGCAGUAGAAUACGGGUCGACAUCCACCUCUAGUGGGCAAAUCGAUCUAUGGAAGUGAAGACUGUGCAGCAAUGGGGUUGUAUACACAUAUAUACAUACUGAUCAUAGGAAUUGAAGUAUUAAACCAACGUACAAGUUAUGAUGCAGGUUUAUGUACAUAAUAAACUAAAAGUUGUAGCAUAUGGGGUUGCAUCCAACUGUUGUAAUAUGGGUUAAUUAAUAUCCCCAUCCUAGUUGGACAAAGAGAAUUCUGUUGUUAAUAAGGUAAUAGAUGGAUGGUAUAGCCGGGGGGUUUCGGUAACUGACUCGGCACUCCAAAAGGAGGCGUCUUGCAGGCAAUACAGCCUGCAUGUAAUGGACUUUAUUAUGUAGUCCAUUGUUCGGCAGCCCGGGGGGCUGUCAGCAUAUUAAUGUCUACAAAAUCUGUAGAUGUAUUUCUUUU